ACGGCUGCGGCCAUGCAGGUCUCCAGCCUCAACGAGGUGAAGAUCUACAGCCUGAGCGCCGGCAGGAGCCUCCCGGAGUGGCUCUCUGACAGGAAGAAAAGAGCUUUACAGAAGAAAGAUGUGGAUAUCCGUAGAAGAAUUGAACUUAUUCAAGACUUUGAAAUGCCCACUAUUAGCACAAAGAUUAGGGUAUCAAGAGAUGGACAGUAUAUUAUGGCAGUUGGAACUUACAAGCCCAGGGUCCGCUGUUUUGAUACCUAUCAGUUAUCCCAGAAAUUUGAAAGAUGCUUAGAUUCCGAAGUGGUUACGUUUGAGAUUUUAUCAGAUGAUUACUCAAAGAUUGUCUUCUUGGAGUGUGGCAGAUUUGUGGAGUUUCAUUCACAACAUGGCCAUUACUACAAGACAAGAAUACCAAAAUUUGGUAGAGAUUUCUCUUACCACUACCCAUCAUGUGACCUGUAUUUCGUAGGAGCAAGUUCUGAAGUGUACAGGCUAAAUCUGGAGCAAGGAAGAUUUCUGAACUCCCUGCAAACCGAAGCUUCAGAGAGUAAUGUCUGUGACAUAAAUCCUGUCCACUUCUUGUUUGCUAUGGGGACGGCUGAGGGAAAAGUGGAAUGCUGGGAUCCUAGAACUAGAAAUCGAGUUGGGCUGUUGGACUGUGCAUUGAGCAGUGUGACAGCAGACACAGAGAUAGAAGGUUUGCCAUCCAUUUCAGCACUGAAAUUUGAUGGGGCUUUGAAUAUGGCUGUUGGAACAUCUACUGGGCAGGUCCUAUUAUAUGAUCUCCGGUCUAGUAAUCCAUUAAUAGUCAAAGAUCACCACUAUGGCCUGCCUAUUAAAUCCAUUCAGUUUCAGCAUCAGCUGGAUUUAAUUAUCUCUGCGGAUUCUCGAAUCAUAAAAAUGUGGAACAAAGAUACAGGAAAGAUAUUUACUUCAAUGGAGCCAGAACAUGAUAUAAAUGAUGUCUGCCUUUAUCCAAAUUCAGGAAUGCUAAUGACUGCCAAUGAAGCCCCUAAAAUGAAUAUCUAUUAUAUACCAGUUUUAGGACCUGCCCCAAAAUGGUGUUCCUUCUUGGACAACUUGACUGAAGAACUGGAAGAGAAUCCAGAAAGCACUGUUUAUGAUGAUUACAAAUUUGUUACCAGAAAAGAUCUUGAAAAUUUAGGCCUUGCUCAUCUCAUUGGAUCAUCAUUGCUCAGAGCGUAUAUGCAUGGCUUCUUCAUGGAUAUAAGACUUUAUCAUAAGGCAAAAAUGAUGGCCAACCCUUUUGCCUAUGAAGAAUAUAGAAGAGAGAAAAUAAGGCAGAAGAUAGAAGAAACUCGUGCACAGAGAGUUCAGUUGAAGAAACUCCCAAAAGUUAAUAAAGAACUUGCACUCAAACUGAUUGAAGAAGAAGGAGAAGAGCAACAGUUUAGUAAAAAAAGAAAACAAAAGAAUCUGCCCAGCCUUCUCAAAGAUGAUCGCUUUAAGGUCAUGUUUGAGAAUCCAGAUUUCCAGGUGGAUGAGCAGAGUGAAGAAUUUAGGCUACUUAACCCACUUGUUUCUAAAAUAAGUGAGAAAAGAAAGAGGAAGCUAAAGAUCUUAGAAGAACUGGAAGCACAAGGACAGGAAGAGGAGGAAGAACCAGAAGGAAAAGCAAGUGAUGCAGAAAGUUCUGAGAGUUCAGAUGAUGAAAAAGGCUGGGUUGAAGAGGUCAGGAAACAGCGCAAGCUUUUACGCCAAGAGGAAAAACUAAAGCGGCAGGAAAGGCUCAAGGAGGAUCAGCAAACAUUACUAAAACCUCAGUUUUUUGAGAUUAAAGAAGGAGAGGAAUUCAGAAGCUUCAAAGACUCUGCCAAAAAACAAAAAUUAAUGAAGAAAACUCUUGAAGAUCGUUUAAAGCUUGAAGAAAAACUUGGCACACUCAAUGUGUCUGAUACCACAGUAGGCAGCAAACAGGCAACAUUCAAAUUAAAGAAGUCAGAGCAGCAAAGGAAACAGCAGGAAGCUGAGAAACGACAUCGUCAGGAGAGGAAAACCCUCCGGCGCUCUGCCAGUCAUCUCAAGAGCAGACGUGGAAGAGGACGACUAUUUCAUUGAUUUAUGUUGGCUUUUUUUAAGAAACCUUUUACCUCAUUUUCAUUUGAAAAAGGGGCCUUUUCAAAUUGGGACACAGUACCAAUGGAUUUGUAUUUUGAUUCAUUGGUGAACACAAAGCCAGAACCUCCUAAACCUUGUGUUAAUUACUGAAAAGUUUAUGAAAGUUAAAGUACUGACCAAAGGACAAUAUGAAUAUGGUCCAUUGUGAACUGUAUUUGUUCAGAAAUCACCAGCAAUUGGUUAUUGUGUAACCCUGGAUGUUUUCUAUAUAAGAAUUUAGUAUACAA